AUGGCCUAUCAUCGUGCGGAUGCUGCUCCUUUCGUCCCUAAUGGGAUGCAUCAGAUCAACAUACCUGGAAGGAUCCCCACGGUGCGUGCAGUGGUAAGAUCAAGACCCCAACAAAGGAACGAGACAGUGGCCAUCGUCACCAUCAAUCCAUUACCUGGUAAUGCUCUGCAUUUUCCUUCUGUUAGAGAGAUCCAUGAGGAAGUGCAGGUUCCUCAUUUCAAUCUGCCAAUUGAGCCUAUGAUUGAUGAAGAAAUCCCACUGCACAUGCUGUUAAAUGGAGAUGAGCCUGACAUUGAUGAAAUGAAUGAAGAACAGUUAAUGGAGGAUGCAGGAAAUCAUUUCUUACAGGUUGGUGCAAUUAUGCUGAGAGAUGAUCCACCAGUUUUCCCCACUUUUCAGCAGCAGAUCAACCUUGAAAAGGAAGUCGGUGAGCCCUGGAUGACAAUUGCUGAAAAUAUUCCUAAGAAGAGAACACCUCUUGUAGAGAGUGAAGUGAGAAGGAGUCCCAGGCUUAAAGAAAUUAACAAGGGUUUCAAAGCAGAUAGCUGUGCUAGCAAGAAAUGCCUUGCUUGCAACCCUAAUCCACCUGACCUUUCUCUAGAUAUGAUCAGAAAGCUGGGUACUGGACUAUGCAAAAUUAAUGAAAAUCUUUUGACUGAAAAGGCUCUAAAUCAGAAAAAGAAGAGAUCCUGCAAGACUAUCAACAAAAGGGCUUCGAAGGAGAAUUUGAAGCCUAAUGAUGCUAUUGCUGCUGCUCAAGGUGACAAAGAAGCUGAGAGUCAGAAGAAAGGGAAGACUAAGAAGACUGCCAGAAAGAAAGAAAUCAAGAAGAAUGUGAGGCCUGCGGGUGAUGAUCAUGAUCUUCAAGAUGAAGAAGGUGCUAACUCCUCUGCUCCAGAGGAUGAUGCACCAAAAGAGAAAUGA